UGGCCGCCAAUCCCAUUCCCCAAAGUAAACUCGCGGUAAUUGGAUUAGACCAAACGCUGAUGUCAGUCCGUUGUUCCCUCGCCUGAACUAGUUGAAUUUCAUCAUCCACAGAGAACAACAGCAUGGGACAGCAUUUCCAAAAGAUCUUGGUAGUUGCAGGCAUCCUGAUAGGCUUGCUGUCUGGAUUAGCCAUGCUGGUCGGCAGCUUGCUAAAGGAGUCGAUACCGAACGUUUUGGCGCCAGCGGAACGACAGUUUGCGUUUGACUAUGUGAUAGUUGGGGCUGGAACUGGGGGCAGCACGCUUACCUCGUUGCUGGCCAAGCACAGCAACGGCAGCGUUCUUCUCAUUGAAGCCGGGAGUGUCUUUGGACUGCUCAGCCGGAUUCCGCUGCUAACCACCUUCCAGCAGAAGGGCAUCAACGACUGGUCGUUCCUCUCCGUGCCCCAGAUACACUCUUCCCGAGGUCUUAUCGAACAGCGACAGUGCCUGCCACGAGGCAAGGGACUCGGAGGAUCUGCCAAUCUGAACUACAUGCUUCACUUCGACGGGCACGGGCCGGACUUUGACGCCUGGCACCAGCUUCACAACCUAAGCGAAUGGAGCUGGGCGCACAUGGGUCGCUUCAUGGCCGCCGCCACAGCCAAGCCCUGCGACAUGUUUGAAAUACCUCGUGGCUACUCGACGCUUACGGACGCUCUGGAAGAUGCGCAGAGCCAGUUUGCGGACAAGCCUUGGGUGUUUCGUCGCUCGCGUUACAACAUCAAGAACGGACUUCGCCACUCGGUGGUGCAGCAGUUUCUUCAGCCCGUGCUGAAGAAUGCUAAUCUCCGCCUGCUUCCCGAGGCGCUGGUCAAACGGAUACAGCUUUCGUCCGGCCCCACUCGUCACGCCAGCUCCGUUCUGGUGGGCUUGAAGGAUGGCGAAAACAAGGAAGUCGAAUUCAGCAUCGAGGUGCGACGCGAGCUGAUCCUUUGCGCCGGCUCCUACCAGACCCCACAACUCCUGCAGGCCUCUGGAAUUGGAAACAGCUCAACGCUGGCCAAACUAGGGAUUCCUGUGCUGCACAACUCCCCUCUGCUGGGCCGGAAUCUCCACGACCACUUCAAUGUGCCUCUCUUUGUCUCGAUGGGUGUGGCCGGGCCAAGCCUCAACCAGCGCACGCUCCUCAGUCCAAUGAGUAUGCUCAACUACCUACGCUCGGGAACGGGACCGUUCGGGAACUUUGGAGUGCUGGGACACGUGGCCAGCCAUGAGGAGCAAUCGCCCUUUGGCAUCACCUUCUUUGGGGCUGGGGCCAUAGACGAAGCUGCGCUCAUGUCCAUUUCCAAUUUCAAGGUAGCCGCCUUUCGGGCGCUCUUUCCACGGUACUACAACGCCUCGCAGGAGGGAUUCGUGGUGAUUUCCAACUGCCUGCAGCCAAAGUCCAGGGGCUCGGUGGGACUCCUCAACAGACACAUGCGCAGGAAUCCCUUGAUCGAUCCAAACUACCUUAGCCACGACGAUGAUGUGGCCUGCACCAUUGCGGGAAUACGAACUGCUGUAAAGUUGGUCACCUCAUCCUCCUUUGCUCAGCUCCGGCCUUACAUACACUGGCCAAAGCUGCAGGAGUGCACUAACUUUGGACCUUUUGAGAGGGAUUUCCUCGAGCACCAGCCCUCGGAUCAGUAUCUAGAGUGUCUUAUGCGUCACAUUGGAUUGGGGUCCCAUCAUCCAGGUGGCAGUUGUGCCCUGGGCAGUGUGGUGGACUCACAACUCAGAUUACUGGGCGUGCCCAAUAUUCGAGUGGUGGAUGCCAGCGUGCUGCCUCGUCCUAUUUCGGGGAAUCCCAAUACAGUCAUCUCUGCCAUUGCGAUGCGUGCAGCCUCCUGGAUACUGAAGAGCGAGCUGCUGCAAGAGGGCCGCCGACGCCAAUGAUCGGAAGAGUAAUGUCUGCUGAAAGUAAUCAAAUCAAUUCAAAGAGUAUUAAAGUUAUCAAACGAU